AGACGGCGGCGGUGGAGUGAUGAGCGGCGUGGUGCGCAUGCGCGCUGGCGAAGUGACGCGCUCGGUCCCAGAAUGCUGCCUGGUAAACAGACAUGGAAGCACCUGGUGAAGACCUCCACAGUCCCUGAGCACUGCACCGCCGCUCCGCGUUUCUCCCUCAGCCUCAUUCUCAAUCUCCUCGAACGGCUCACACAUCUGCUCGCUCUCGGAGCCUGGCUCGGAUCUCUGAGGUCCGGGACGUAGGUCCUGUGUUCAGCGCGCGUGGCCGAGCGGAAUCGCCAGAGCCGAUGAGGAUCUGCUGAUUUGGGCUGCGGAGUUCUGUUUUUCACUUUUCAAUAGCGGUGAAGCAUGUCGGAAAAGGCCGAGGAGGGCGAGCCGCGGGCGGAGCAGCGCGCCAGAGCGCCGCCCAGACACCAGCAGCAGCGGACUGAAGGCGCGUCAGCAAUGGCGGCCAUCGGCGAGCGCGCGGCGUCUCUCCCGAGUCCGGAAGUCAUGCUGGGCCAGGCGUGGAGCUGCUGGGUGGACGCCGUGAAGCUGCACGCGACCGACGGCAUAGAACCAGAAGAAAGUUUUAAAGAAUGCGGGAGGAACCGAGAAGCCAUGCGACUGUGCAGAGAAGAUAUGCCCAUUUUCGGGCAAUGUCCUGCGCAGGACGACUUUUACCUGGUCAUAUGCAGCCACUGCAGUCAGGUCGUCAAACCCCAGGCCUUCCAAGCACACUACGAGAGACGACACAGCUCCAUUAACAAGCCAGCGUCCUCCUACUCGUCCUCGGCUGCGCUCCCGGGUCUCCCUUCCCGGGCCAGAACCGGAGGAGCGGGUGGAGGCGGCCCUGCCAGCGCCAUGCCCGUGGGUUCCUCCUCCUCCUCCGCUGGAGGGAGCAACAGCACCCACACAGCCAAAGAGAAGCUGCCUCACCGGAAGCCUCACUUCCCCCCAAAGGUGCUGCACGACGACAUUUUGACCCCAGCUGUCAAAGUGGAGAAGAUCCAUGUGAAGAUGGACUACACCUCCUCCAAACCUGGCCACGCGCCCGCUUCUUCCUCAUCCUCUUCUUCCUGCAGUACUGUGAGCUCCUCGCCAUCGAAGCCAGGCCUUAAUAGCCAGUCUGUACCAAAGGCUCAUCAGCCGUCCCCGGGCCACAUCCCCAACGGAAAGGGCCACAUCUCUCCGCUCAGCAAGAAGCAGGACAGCAGCACCAAUGCCAGUAACAAACGACCCACCAGGAAAGUGUUAGAACGCGAGUUCAAUCCUGAUGUCCAUUGUGGAGUUAUGGAUAUCGGAGCACGUAAGCCAUGCACAAGAUCCUUAACAUGCAAGACACAUUCCUUAAGCCAGAGAAGGGCAGUCCCCGGGAGGCGGAAGCGCUUUGACGUGUUGCUGGCGGAGCACAAGAAUCGAGCCCGGGAGAAGGAGCUGCAGCAACAACAGCAUAGGACGGAGCCAUCACAGCAAAACCCACCCCCUCUCAGGGAGCCCCACCCACCCCCUCACCACGGCAACCCUACGGUAGCCGCCACUGACACAGCCAAGCUCUUCUCCCUCAUUAAAGCCAAACCCCACAAUCCUGUGCUUCCACGCAGCUCUCACAGUGGGCUGAGCAGUUUAGGGGACGCCGCCGCGACCCCUGACCCGACCCCGCAUCUCCACUCGGCUCCCACGCCCGACGGUGCGGCUUGUCCCUCCAGUGACGAGGGCGAGAACGAGGAGAGAGAGGAGAAUAUGGACAAACUGGACUGCCACUAUUCAGGUUACCAUCCACGGCCAGCCGCUUUCUGCACUUUUGGAAGCCGACUGUUCGGGAGAAGCUGUUACUCAUUCGACCGGCGCUGGGAUCGAGUCCGGUAUGCACUGGUGGCCAUGAUGGACAAACACGUCAACUCGCUGAUGUGGAAAAAAAUCCCACUUGCGUUGGAGAAUUCCUCCUCGUCUGCAGUUACGUCGUCUCAUCGGUCGAGCACAAACUCGCUCUCCUCUUCCUCGGGCUUUCUGACAAGCUCAUCCAGACAAGUGUCCUCGUCCUCACCCCAGAUGCCUUCAGCACACUCAUCCUCGCUGCCCUCCACUCCCGGCUCGAACAAAUCCGUCAAAUCUCGCUCCGGACCCAAGCACUUCUGGGUCAAGGAGCCCUCCCUGGCUGUGCUAGCUAGCUCCAGUGCUAACAACAACAGCAGCAGCAGCGACACCGGUGGUGUGAGUAGUAGCAGCAGUGCGAUCAGCCUCGGCUCAACAAAGAAGCGCAAGAACAGCUCUCUGCUGAAAUACGGCGCAGAAUCCUCCCCUUCAUCCUCCUCCUCUUCUUUAAAAAAGAACUGCAUGGCGAACUCGGGCACCUCAGGGAGCAGCUUUCACUCCUCGCUAACCUCCACGGCGUCGUCUGUGGCUUUCUCAUCAUCGUCGUCCUCCUCUUCCUCCCACAGUGCAGGUAUGAACUGCCCACCAGGCCGCGGCAACUCGAUGAGCGCGCGACAGGAAGCAGCCGAGCCCAUCAAGCGCAUGAGCGUGAUGAUGAACAGCAGUGACUCGACGCUCUCACUCGGCCCGUUUGUGAACAACCCAGACGGGAGAACCGACACAAAGAGGAGGAAGAGUUCACAGGCCACCAGCAGCCUCACUGGCACAGCUACCUGCACAGCAUCUGCAGGGGGAGGUGGAGGGGCACAGGGGCCUGGCAGGCCCAAAAUGGCCAAGUCUCCAGCCAUCAACAACAUUCACGGCAAACACGCGCGGCCCAUGCCGGGAACGCCGGGGCUUCCCAACAACUCACUUAUACAUCAGCCAAAGGCCCGUCCCUGACACAGGUGGGCCGGCUCUGGGGGUGCGAAGCGGUGGAGCGGAGCUCCCUUAGCGCCCGUCACGGCACACUGCACGAGGCCUUCUUCUUCUUCUUCUUCUUCUCUUACUCUCAGCUUCCCACAAUCCUCAGGGUGGAGAGCGCACUGGGCCGCUCAGUGACGGCGCGCUGUUUCUCCCGGCCACAAGGGGGCAUCACACAGGUGGACAAUACACCACGAGAGGGGCACGUCGUUGUGUGUGCAUGUGUGUGGUGGGUGGAUGCGAUGGCAGUUGCCCCAGUGGCAGGCAGCAUGUGAUGCAGAGGUACAGUUAAGGGCUGGUACAGGGCCACGCCUACACUACUACACAGCAUCAGAUGGACUUCACGGGCUUCAUUAGCGAAAGGAGCAUUUCUGUCGAUUUCUGUGUGUGUAUUUGUGCGUGUGUGUGAGUGAGUGAGUGUGUGUUCAUGUGGGUGAUACUAGAAUACUGGAAAUGUAAUUCUGUGUGAACUGUGAGCAUUUGAGGGUGGUGCACAGGAAAAGGAUGGAAUAUCAGGAGUCUCAGAGAAGAAAAAAAAUGCAAUCCCAUUUAGUUUAAUAAACAUAUUUAUUCUGUAAGGAGGAGUAUAUACAAUAAC